GGACGUCGAAGUAGUGGCUCCCGGGGAACCUGGGGAGAGCCGGUCUAGGCGUCACUCUUCUCAGUAACGAACAGCCAGUCGCCAUCGUUUGAUUUUCAUCCCCGCCGGAGGUCUAGUUCCAACUUUUUUACUUGAUAUUCGCAACCCUGAUUAAAUAAUCAAUGGAGGGAUUAAGGGUUUCAGACGCGAAUUUGAUAGUAUAUGUGCAUCCAUCGAAAGCGAAUAGGGUCUCUCAAGCCAUCCUUCGCGAACUGAGUUCUUUGCUUUUCAAAUUCAAUGAAAUCUUUGAUGGAGUCGUAUUGGCAUAUGAUGUCGAUAUUCCAAGUAAAGAUGCAAAGAUUCUUCCUGGGAUCCAUCCAUAUUUUGGUGUUAGAUUAAAAGCAAAACUUUUACUUUUCUCUCCGAAGCCGAACAUGCUUAUAGAAGGAAAGGUGGUGAAACUUGCUCAAGAAUCCAUUCAUAUCGUUGUUCUUGGAUUUUCAUCUGCUAUUAUAACAGAUGAAGAGAUCCGUGGAGAAUUUAAAUAUAAAAUUAAACAUGGUGAGGCAGUAUUCGUCAGUAGAUCUCACAAGCGACAUGUGAUAAAGGUUGGGACCAUGAUACGUUUCUUAGUGAAGAGUUUGGAUGAGGAAAUACUUCACAUAUCUGGAUCUUUAAGUCCACCUCACACAGGAAGCAUACUUUGGCUGGAUAAAAAUUUGGAAGAUGCUUCACCAAGCAGCAGGAGUACCAAGAAGAGGAGAGAAAAUGGGGAAAGUAGGGAAAUGCAAGAACAUGAUACUGUAGAUGGGGGAGUAUUUUCCUUGGAUAAUAGUCAUCAAAUUAAGAAGUCAAAAAAACGUAAGAUCAGUGAAGAAUCUUGAAGACUGAAGCAGAGUUAUGAUUGCACUGAGACACUCUUAUUUCAAGGGUUUUGUUGAGUAAAACGGCCAUGAUUUGACUGCCAAAAGAGAUUAGCUAACGGAAACUCUUAUCCAGGGGAAAACUCACCUGAUCUUCUUCCCAUUGACGCAAGUGCAGUUUGGAUUUCAGUUUCUUUGUCCAAAUCUUGAGCUGAUGAUCUGUACAACCAUAAGAAUACAAAUCAUAUUCGAUAGUGUAACCAUGCGUAUUUGAGUAUUCACCCAACCAGUUUUCCUUAACUCCUCGAUUUUAAGUGGUUGCUGCCAAGAAAAAUGGUCCUUUUUUCUGGUUUGCACGAAUGUAUGAGCUAUGCUUUCUUUCCGAGCUAUAAACUUUCUAGGUUUUGUUUUAUGCCCUUUUGAUGACAUAUUAUCUUGGAAGACUUUUUCAUGAUGAUCAUGUGGUUGGAUGAUGCGCUCUUAGCCCUAAUCACAUCAUGAAGAUGGAAUCUUUUCCCUUUUGUU